AUGGCGGUCAGGGAGGAAGAAUCGGAGUACGAGAGCGAUCCCGAGGACGCGCCGUUGCCAAGGAUGCGUCGGAGGGAGGCAAGCGACGACGAGGAAGGGGAAGGAUACGAUAGGCGGGGGAAAUUUGUCGCGGGAGACCAGGAGUACUACGACGUCGAGGAGGAAGAACUGGCGGGCGAAGUAGAGGAAUUCGUUGCUGUAGAAGGAAUGAUGGAAGGAAAAGGAGCGAAUAUGGGGGUUGUUCCAGUGGGCAAAGGUCCUAGGGACUUGGGAAAGUCGUCGGUUCCUGAUGGCGAUGGGCAGGCGUUUCUUGGGACUUCAGAAGAAAAUGAAGACAAAGAACCUGUUGAAGAGGAGGCGAAGGAGAAUGAACCUUAUGCUGUGCCGACUGCUAGGGCUUUCUACAUGCACGAUGAUCGGUUCCAGGACAAUGGCAGGGGUCGCCGAAGGCGUAUGUUUGGUGUCCAAAAGUUGUGGGAUUCUAAAGAUGAACGUGCUUGGGUACAUGAUAGAUUUGAAGAAAUGAAUCUGCAGGAUGCACAAAAUCAUGAGGUACUUUCUUUCCAAUAUUCUUAUUAUGUAAACCAACCUUUGAGGUUCUAA